UUAAAAAUCAAACCACCAGAUUUUGACACGAUAUAAACACCGUAUAUCACCAUUUUUGUUUGGAGGUUAUAUAAUUUAUCAGGCUUUUCUUGUAGUUUUAUAUCAUAUUCAAAUAAGUUUUAUAUUAUAAUUCCGCUAUAACAUACUCGGUGAAACAAUUAGGAUUUUUCGAAAAACUUUAUUCUUUUACCACUAUUUUUAUAAAUAUACAUUCGAGAGGUUUCUUCGUCUCACAGAGAUGCUUUUGCAGUUCUUGUCAUUUGUCAGUGACGUAAAUACAUUCCUAACCUAAAAUUCCUACAGUUUCAAUUUUUAAUAUGAGCUCGCAAGAAGAUAAUUUGGAUUUUUUGCAUAAAGUAUACAAGAAUGAUCCAAUUUUAUUCAAUAAUUAUGUUGGAAAAGAGGUUAAAAUAACAACGAAAGAUGAGGAUAUUAUUGGUACUAUUUAUACAGUUGAUCCAGUGUCAGAAAGCUUUGUGCUCUUACAAUCAGAUACAACUAUGCAGCAUCGUUUAAAAAUAAUAUUCAACCAUGCCAUUAAGAAUAUCGAAGUAAUAUCGGAAACAAAAAAAAUCCUGUCAGAAUUAUUUCUACCUGAAAAACUUUCACAGGAAGUUGUUAAAAGAAAGGGUAUUGUUUUGCAAUUAUUAUUAGAUAAUCGAUUUCCGGUCAAAGAGGAGAAUGAUGUUCUAAUGAUUGAAGAUACUGUAUCGAUAGAACCUCCAUAUUAUCCCGAAAAUUGUACGUGUAGUAAUAGUAUUAUUCUUACUAAAAUACAAAAUAUUUUAACACGUGCAAAUACUCAAUAAAAUUAAUUGAACUCAUUAAAAUAAAAUUACGUUCCAAGAUACCUUGCCAAAUCUUUUAGAGAGGGUCAAAAUUACAGUAUUAUUAAUAUGAUUAGGUCAAUUCAGAAUAGAUUAAAUUAAUAUGUUUAAGUCUUUAUACUUCAAUAACUAUUAGUGAUUCUAAUAUAUAUUAAAUUAUAUAUAUAGCAAUAUAUCUUUUAAAUAUUAACAUAAAAAAUUUGAAAUAUUUUCAACUGAAGAAUAGAUACAUUUAACCUUUUAACAAUUAAAAUAUGAUAAAAGUUACCAAUUAUAUUCGAAAUGAAUAAAACUAUUUAGUGGUCGAAUAAAUUGUCGGUACUAUCAACUAUUUUAGUUACAUUUAGAUCAGGGAAUUCUUUCGUUCCAAUGUUGUUAAUGUCCGAAACUUCGUCAAAAUGCGAAUAAUUAAUAUAAAAAAAACAGUCUUUUUGCCAUCACUCU